CUUCCUGAGUACCUGCGAUUAUUAUUGUAUAGUGAGUAAAAUAGAGUCCCUAAACAUAUUUUGGAGAUAAAAUUAUUUGUAAAUAUUAUUUAUAAUAUAAAAUGUUUACUUACCAUUUGAAUUCCAAUACACGAAUGACUACUCAAAAGGAUGAAAAGAACCUCUUCAUAAAUCGUAAAGAAUUUUAUGCAAUAUUUAUUAUCAUAUCUUCUAUCAAAGUACUGCUAAUUCCCACAUACCGUUCUACAGAUUUUGAAGUACAUCGUAAUUGGCUUGCAAUAACACAUAGUUUACCUAUUAAUGAAUGGUAUACUUCAGCAAAAUCACAAUGGACAUUAGAUUAUCCUCCUUUUUUUGGCUGGUUCGAAUUUUUUCUGAGCCAAAUAGCAUCAUUUAUCGAUCCUAAUAUGUUGAACAUUGAUAAUUUUAAUUAUGAAUCACCCUUAACUAUUUUGUUUCAAAGGGUUUCUGUUAUUGUUACUGAUUUAUUGCUUCUGUAUGGAGUUCAAGAGGUUAGCAAUAUUUUUCAUAAAACAUAUCAUGAAUCGUUGGUUUUUGGAUUUUUAUCACUGUGUAAUAUAGGAUUACUCCUGGUUGAUCAUAUUCAUUUUCAAUAUAAUGGCAUUUUAACAGGAAUUCUGUUAUUAUCAAUUGCUAAUGUAAUGAAAUCAAAUAUACACGUUUUAGCUGGUGCUACAUGGUUCGCAAUUUUGUUGAAUUUAAAACAUAUUUAUUUAUAUAUUGCUCCUUCAUUUAUAGUCUGGUUACUCAAAUGGUAUUGUCUGAGAAGUAAUCAAUUUUUUACAAGACUGAUUCAACUUGGAAUCAUUGUACUUGCUGUUACAGCAAUUUCAUUUGGGCCAUUUAUUCAUCAACUACCUCAAGUACUUUCAAGACUUUUUCCAUUUAAACGAGGUUUAGUUCAUGCAUAUUGGGCUGCUAAUGUUUGGUCGUUAUACGUUGGUUUGGAUAAAAUACUAACUGUUGUAUGGAAACAAUUAGGCUGGUUGUCAUCAAUGCAUGUACAAACUGCUACAAUGACUGGUGGUUUGGUUCAAGAAAGUUCUCUUACAGUUUUAGCUUCUCCAACGCCUCUUGUUACAUUUAUUGCUACGAUUUGUUCGAUGCUCCCGGCUCUGAUAAUAUUAUUCAGUAAAAAACGAGAGAAUUUAAAAAAAGAAAACAUGGUUCGCUGUUUAGUAAUAUGUGCUUUAAGUUCUUUCAUGUUUGGAUGGCAUGUUCAUGAAAAAGCUAUUCUAACGGCAAUAAUUCCACUUGGAAUUCUAGCCACAACUAAUAAAGCUGAUGCCAAAUUAUUUCUUCUAUUAAGUUCUACAGGCCAUGCUGCUAUUUUACCACUACUUUUUCCAGAAAAUUUAAUCAUAUUUAAAAUUGGAAUUUUAGUAAUGUAUAUAAUGACAGUUUUUUUAUGUUUAAAAAAUUUAUUUCAUUCAUCUCUUCUGUAUAUUCAUGAGUGGAUUUAUGUUUUAAUAUUACCAUUGAUAAGUUUAUAUGAAACAGUGUUUCAUACAAUAUGCUUUGGUAAGAAAUUACCAUUUUUUCCAUUAGCUCUUACUUCGUGUUAUUGUAGUAUUGGUAUUUUAUAUUGUUGGAUUAUUUAUUAUUAUACAUAUUAUACCGAUUAUCAACUUGAGAAAGUACGAUUAGAGAAAAAAGAUUGAA